GGUGUGAUUUGGUGAAUGGAGCCAAUCAGACCCCGCCUCCUUAGUCUAUAAAAGCUCAAGGCUAUCCUUCCCCUCUUCACUUUUGUUUGUGGCUGUUGAGGGUGCAUUCACAGCCAUGGGACUGGGCUGCAGCUGCAUCUCUCCACCCAGGCUCUGCUCUCCUGCCCAGCCUGCCUGGACAUGACUCCUUGCUACUACUAUUACCACCGCAGCAGCCCCAGCGAGGAGUGGCUCAACGCCUCAGCCAUGGCCAAGGGCAAUGGCACUGGCACCGGCUUCCCUGGAGGAGGAGGAAUCGGACCAGAGGAAGGGGAGUGCGGCUCUGUCUCGGUGGUCUUCCCCUUGACCAUGAUGAUCACCGGCAUGGUGGGCAACGGCUUGGCCAUGCUGCUGGUGUACCGCGCCUAUCACAAGAAGGAGAACCAGCGCAAGAAGUCCUUCUUGCUCUGCAUCGGCUCCUUGGCCCUGACCGACCUGACCGGCCAGCUCCUGACCAGCCCUGUUGUCAUCUCGGUGUACUUAGCCAAGAGGAACUGGUGGGCCGUGGAUCCCUCCCUCCGCCUCUGCUCCUUUUUCGGCCUCAGCAUGACCGUCUUUGGCCUCUGCCCGCUCUUCAUCGCCAGCGCCAUGGCCGUCGAGCGGACCCUGGCCAUCCGGGCCCCACAUUGGUACACCGGCCACAUGAAGACCCGGGUGACCAAGUCGGUCCUGCUCAGCGUGUGGCUGGCCACCUUUGCCUUCGCCCUCUUGCCCCUGGUCGGCGUUGGGAAAUACACCCUCCAGUGGCCUGGCACUUGGUGCUUCAUCAGCAUGAAGGACCCCAAAGAGCCCCGGGUGGCCAACAUCAUCUUCGCCUCAACUUUUGCCUUCUUGGGACUCUUCUCGCUUGGCAUCACCGUGGCCUGCAAUGUGGCCACCAUUGUCGCCUUGGUGUGUCGGUGUCGAUCCAAAAGCUCGGUGUCUCAGUCUAGGAGGCAGUGGGGCAGGAUCACCACGGAAACCUUGCUCCAGCUCUUGGGAAUCAUGUGUGUCCUCUUUGCCUGCUGGUCUCCGCUCUUGAUUAUGAUGCUGAAAGUGGCCUUCAAUCAUACCAUUAUGGAUAAAUGUGAAGACUCCUGCAAUCGAACCCAAACCUCUGAGUUGCAGCCAGAGUGCAAUGUCUUCUUAACUGCUGUUCGCUUGGCCUCGCUGAAUCAAAUCUUGGACCCUUGGGUUUACUUGCUGCUUAGAAAGAUCCUCCUGCGAAAGUUUUGCCAGGUAGCAAGUGCCAUCUCCUGCUGCUCUCAGGACAGAUGGAAAGGACAGCACUUCAUGUUGUCAGACAAAAUCACACACCCUACUGCAUGAAGAUGCUUGCAUGUCAACAACUUCCUCCAAGAGCUUCGGCUUUUACCAAGGCCAGGGAACAUGUGGACUUCUAAAUCAGUGGUAUCAAGCUUGUGGCCGUCCAGGUGUUUGGCACUUCAGCCCCCAGAAUUCAUAGUCACUACACAAGCUAGCUUGAGCUUCUGGAGUUGGAAGCCCAACAUCUGGACGACCACAAGUUUGACACCUCCAUUCUAGAUGUACUUGGACUGAAGCUUCCAUGUCCACCAGCCAAAAUUGCCCAUGCUGAAGGAUGUUAGGCGUGAUACCACAAACAGCUGGAGAGCUAUGUGUUCCCCAUUUCUUGGCCAGUGGGGUACAUCUAAUGAUGCAACUUCUUUUGUCAUCAGAAUUGAAAAGAGGACAGCCUCCCUUCCCUACUGCAAUCCCUUGUACAUCUGAAGAGCUUUCCCUGGAGGACUGGGAAACUCUCUUGAACUUGUUUUCAAGUUAUGCUGAGGUUUUGAAGAACUGACACUAGGGAAAGAAGAUCCCAUGGUAUCACUUCUGUAGCACCAGAACAACGUAGGUUUUAGACGACAACUUCUUCUCUACUGUGAACUUGGACAUCUGGUGCAUGGGAAUGUCCCUCUAUAAACUAAUUUAUUUUCAUGGUUGGGUAGAUUAAAAAGAACUGAAAAUGUUUUUAAAAAUAGACAUCCUAUGUCUUUUGAAAGUCACAAAUGAUAAUGCAAUUUGUUGUGUUCUCGUGCCAAAAACACUGGGAUUUUCCUUUUACAUUUGAGAAGAAUCUUAUUUUUAAAGUAGAAGUUUGAUUGUAGAUUCAACAUGGAGUAAUUUUCCUUGCUUUUUCACCCCUCACACAUUCAUUUACUGAAAAGAAGAAAGGGCAUUGUUUCUAAUAGUGACAGAUGGGAUGGGGUUGGAGAAAGGAAACCACAAUUGUGUAGAUUACUAAUUUGGUGGCAUUCCUUAAAGUUAUUUGGGUAGCAGUAGAACUAUGAAAUGCAAAGAACUGCCACAAUAAUUGUGCAUUUCUAUUCAACACUAAAUAAAUUUUAAUUUCCUUACUUGUUUUAUAUGUUUAUUUCUUUAUAGAAGUCAUAUGCUUAUCUCUCCGAGAUGUAGUUCUUUUGCAGUGAUAACUUGUUAUCACAGAAAUUAAACCAUAACCUUUUGACACUGUGAAAAUGAAAACAAAAUGGAAAAUUGGUCUUCAGUUUGGAAACAAUACUAGAGGCAGUUAGUUAAUGUUUUUUCUUCUAUGCUAUUUGAAUAUGGCACUUAUUUACCAUAGUGUUUUAUUAUGCAGUAAUAUCCAUCUUUUAUCGAAAUAUGUUUUUAGUGUACCUUUGAUGCUUUCAAAGUUUUACAUUUCUGUGUGUAUGUGUGCCUGCCUGCUAAUUUAAGCUGGAUCUACUUUGUCAUAUCACCCAGUUUCUGAAUCGAUAUUAUUUGCUUUGUAUUGAAUUAUAUCUGUCUACACUGCCAUGUAAUCCAGUUCAAACCAAAUAAUCUGGAUUCAAAAACUAUAUUAUGUGGGAGUGUAGAUAGGGCCUUAGAGUUUUAUAAAUUUAGUUUAAGAAUCAGUCUACUAUAAUAAUAAUAAUAAUAAUAAUAAUAAUAAUAAUAAUCUUUAUUUAUACCCCGCCACCAUCUCCCCAACGGGGACUCGGAGCAGCUUACAUGGGGCCAAGCCCAAACAACAAACUACAAAAUAAAAAUACAAAUUGCAGUAAAAUAAACAACAUAAGAUUAAAAUGUAAAGCAUCAAAACCUGUAAAACAAUAUACACAGAACAUAGGAACCAAACAUAAUGACAGAGAGCGGGCCGCAUGUACAUAAAAUGAUUUAAAAACUCUGAGUGAGAUUAGGGAGGAGAACUAAUUGUAAGGGAGAACUCACAGAGAGGUAGGAACUUCGUACAUGGGUGGGGGGGACUCCUGGGACAAAAACGUUGAGGGAGCACUAGCAUAAAAUUAUGUGGCUACUCUCAGAAAGCACAACGGCAGAGCCAGGUCUUAAGACUCUUUUUAAAGGUUUCUAAUGUAGGGGCUUUCCUAAUCUUUCCGGGCAAUGAAUUCCAGAGUUGGGGGGCCACAGAGGAGAAGCUCUCUCCCUUGUACCCACAAGGCAAGUCUGAGAGACUGGCAAGGGUGAAAGGAGGGCCUCGCCCGAAGAUCAAAGGGUUUGGGCUGGUUCAUGGAGAGAGAUACGGUCACAAAGGUAGGCGGGUCCCAAACCAUUUAGGGCUUUAUAGAUAAGAACCUGUACAUUGAAUUGGGACUGGAAGAUAAACGGUAGCCAAUGGAGCUCCUUAAACAAGGGCGUUGACCGCUCCCUGUAAGAGGCCCCAGUUAUUAGUCUGGCUGCUGACGGUUGGACAAGUUGUAAUUUCCGGGCCGUCUUCAAGGGUAGCCCUACAUAGAGAGCAUUGCAAUAGUCCAGUCUAGAGGUAACUAAGGCAUGGACCAUCAUGGUCAAGUCAGACUUCGCGAGGUACGGUCGCAGUUGGCGCACAAGUUUUAGGUGUGCUAAGGUUCUCCUGGCCACCGCCGACACCUGUGCUUCAAGCGUCAGCGCUGAGUCCAGGAGAACCCCCAAACUGCAGACCUGUGGCUUCAGGGGGAGUGCAAUCCCGUCCAGCACAGGUUGGCACCCAGUACCCCGGUCAGAUGGACGACUGACCUGGAGGACCUCUGUCUUGUCAGGAUUGAUAGCUUGUUCCUCCUCAUCCAGUUCAUUGCUGCAGCCAGGCACUGGUCCAGUAUCCUCGGGGCUUCCUUGGAGUCUGGUGGAAAUGAGUAGUGGAGUUGGGUGUCAUCUGCAUAGAGAUGGCACCGUACUCCAAAACUCCGGAUGACCUCUCCCAGCGGUUUCAUGUAGAUGUUAAAAAGCAUGGGGGACAGAAUGGAUCCAUGCAGGACCCCAUAGGUCAAUGGCCAGGGGUCCGAGCAGGAGUCUCCCGACUGGGAACAACCCUCCAGAAAGGACCGGAGCCACAGGAGAACCGUGCCCCUGAGCCCCAUCUCAGCAAGCCUCCCCAGAAGGAUACCAUGGUCGAUGGUAUUAAAAGCCGCUGAGAUGUCCAAGAGAACCAGCAGGGCCACACUCCCCCUGUCCAGUUCCUGCGGAGGUCAUCCACCAAGGUGACCAAAGCUGUCUCGGUACUGUGCCCAGGCCAAAAGCCAGACUGUGAAUGAUCUAGAAAAUCUGUCUUAAAAUUACUACUAAAGGGUUAAAUUAAUAAAGGACAAUUUUGUUAAAAAUUCAUUGAUAUGAAUAAAGUAUACACAGACAUUAGUGUUCUAUAGGGAAUCUCCUAUGAUUCAUCCAUUACAAACAAGAUAUUAAUCAAAUAUUAAUGAAUUUGGAUCAGCUAAAUUAGUUUUCUUAUUAUGCAGUUCCCAAUUUGCUUCAAGUGCAUUUGUUAAUUCAGAUCAAUUCCAUUAGGUUCCACUUUCAUGCAAUUAAUUUUUUUUGGUGCUAUUAGUAGUUUUUUUAUGGUGCGAGUAGUAGUUUUUAUUACUACUUCUAGAAGCAAUUCAUGAAAAUACAAUGUAGAAUUGAAUGCACUCCAGGUGCUGCCAGUGGAAGAAAUAUAUGUAGCUAAAGCCUUCCUAGUACAUGAGUAUUCAAACUUCUGUUCAAAACUAAUUAACAAACUAUGAUGGCCAUUCAGUUGAACAGCUAUUAUAAUCAGGAUGGUCUUCACACUAUUUAAUCAAAAUUCUCAUUUAUUGUCAUUAGAAUUCAUGGGUUUGAGUCCUAUUCUUUGGAACAGUAGAAAACAAUCCUGUUUGAUACAUUACUGCCCUUGAAAAGUCUGAAGAUAUUUGGCUAUCUUAUCUCUCCAACUUCUCUUCAGACUUCCUUUACACAUGCCACUUCCUCAAAUAUUUCUUUUAUCAUUAGUACUAUAACUUUUCUAAAUAUGUAAUUAUUACUGCUAGUUUCUACUCUUCCAUAGUGAUUUGCCAUUUUCUCCUCCUUCUGCAAGCCCAUUUCAAAUCUUAAUCUUAAUAUUUGUUCUGCACAUAUCUUUAUUCUCCUAGACUCGUCCUUCAUUUUUUGAAAUUGUUUCCCAAUUGUCCCUUCAGGAUUUAAUUUUUGAGAAAUCCCCAUUCAUUGUGGACAUCCUUAUUUUUCAGCAUAUCUAAUUGUGGAAGUUCACAUGAUAUUUCUUUAAAUUUAUCAAAAUUUGCUUCCGUAAAAGUUCCCAGUGCCUGUCUGAAAGCAUUCCUUUCUUCUCCAUAAAAAAUUCAAUGAGGAUAUGAAUGUCUGUCUGUUGAAGGAUGCAACUAGUUGACUCCAUGGUCUCUCUGAUGAGGAUUCAAGUCCAAAUAUUCGAGCCAGGGUUUGCUUUUUCUAUUUUCUGGACAAUUGCAUUCACAGCAAGGCAAGCGAGAUUUUAAAAACGGUGGGAAUAGACUUUACAUUCUCUCAGAGUUUGACUUCCAGCAGAUAUCAGGAUACUAAACUCUCACAUCGCAAUCAUUUUUCUCCUUUUGGAAUAUUUAGUAUUCUGUUCUAGGAAAACACCAUGAAAAUAUUUGAGCUGAACUGAAAGUCUAUAAAGGUUCUCGAUGAGAUUUCCUCUUCCUAUAUUUUUUACUGAAAUUGGUUCAGUCAUAUAAUCACAAAGUUGUAGGAGCUGCAGUGGCACAAUGGGUUAAACCCUCAUGCCAGCUGAACUGCUGAUCUGAAGGUUGGCAGUUCGAAUCUCUGAGAUGGGGUGAGCUCUCAUAUGUCAGCUCCAACUUCCCAUGCAGGAACAUGAGAGAAGCCUCCCACAGAAUGGUAAAGCAUCCGGGCAUCCCUUGGACAGCACCCCUGCAGACAGACAAUUCUCUCACACCAAAAGUGACUUGCAGUUUCUCAAGUCACUUCUGACAUGAAAAAAAUCACAUAGUCGAUGUGAUUAGAAGCUUUUGUCUCCCGUUUCUUACACCUUUUUACAUUUAGACAAAAUCAUCAUAUAUGAGACUUAACAAUUUAUGUUGAGACUUGGAAAGUCAAUUCUCAAAACUGACUAGCCAGCAUGAUAGCUUACGGGAACUGCAUUCUAAAAAAGAAAUGCUUUCAAGUUCUGAUUUGCUCCUUAUCACUGUUUAAUAAUUACUCCAUUGUUUUUAUAAAGGAAUUCUAUGGGAUAAGGUGCUGUAUAGCAAAGUUUUUCACAUAUUUUUCGAACAAAUUGGGAUCUAAAUUGGAAUUGUAAACGGUCAUCUUCUAAAUAUAAUCUCGCCAUAUUUCUGGCUUGGAAAAAUAUUUAAAGCAUAUGCCUGUCAUUCAAAUAGUUCAGUCUUACUGGAGGGUAAAUUCCACUGAUUUUAAUAGAAUUCAGAUCUAAGAAGACAUGUAUAGGUUAGAGAAAUUCUUCUCCAUGAUGCAUGAAUUUUCUCUAAUUUAAAAGGGUUAGUAAUGUUGUCAACCACAGAUCAGAACAUCGAAAAACGUUUUAAUUGCAACACGAGGGCAGUGUGGGGAGGCUACAUUUAGUUCAUGCAAUGGAAGGUUUUGCUGCUGUAUAAAUUGUACUCUUCAAAUAAAUUUUAUUGGACUUUG